AUGGCACGCUCGGCGCUGGCUGUGGCCGUCGCCUUCGGUCUCGCGGCGCACCUCUGCCUCGCGGUGGACGUGCACCUCCCACUCGGCGACGACUACGGCGGGCAGUAUCGGCCCCAGGUUCACUUCUCGGCGCCGCAGAACUUCCUCAACGACCCCAACGGCCUGUUCCGCGACGGCCGCGGCACAUGGCACCUCUACUACCAGUACAACCCGACCGAGCUCGUUGCCGGGAACCAGCACUGGGGCCAUGCAACCUCGCGCGAUCUGUACCACUGGGUCAACCAGCCCAUCGCCUUGUUCCCCCCGCGCCAAGACGUCUUUGUCUUCUCGGGAAGCUCGGUCGUGGAUUGCAACAACACCUCGGGCUUCUUUCCGGACCAGGACAAUGGCGUCGUGGCGAUAUACACACUGGCCGCUCCCGACAGCCAGUCUCAGGCCAUUGCGUACUCUCGCGAUGGCGGAUACACCUUCACUCCCUAUGAGGGCAACCCUGUCAUCCCGGGCAACUCGUCCCAGUUCCGUGACCCCAAGGUCAUAUCGUACCAAGGACACUGGGUCAUGGCCCUCGCCUAUCCCGUCGAAUUUGCUGUCGGCAUCUUCAUCUCUUCAAACCUCAUUGACUGGACGCCCGUCAGCAACUUCUCCCACCGCGGGCUCCUCGGCCUGCAGUGGGAGUGCCCCAACCUGGUCCAGGUGCCGUAUGUGGAUGAAGACGGCGCCAGGCAAGACGACAUGUGGCUCCUGGUCGUCUCCGUCAACCCCGGGGCCCCGUUGGGCGGAUCUGUGACCCAGUACUACCCGGGCACUUUUGACGGAACCCAUUUCCGAGCCGUCGAUUCGGCCACGAGAUUCAUCGACUUUGGCAAGGACAACUAUGCGGGCCAGUUCUUCUACGAUGUCGCCGACGAGGACCCCGUCUUCAUCGCCUGGGCGUCCAACUGGCAGUAUGCCCAGGACGUCCCCACCGACCGAGAAGGCUGGAGAAGCGUAAUGGGCCUCCCCCGUCGUACAUAUCUGACCAAAACUGCGCGUGUGGGGUGGAAGCUCGUCUUUGAGCCCUACGACCUGAGACCUGUCAUGGGAGACGAGCUCGCAUCCAGCGAAGACCUCGCGAACGACGCUCUCACCGUUGACUUUGCCCACGUACCAUCCAACGCCCUGUACUGGGAGGCACACGUCACUGGCUUGCCUGAAGGCGCGCUGCCGGCCAGGGCGUCCAUAAACUUCACCUUUGUGAGCCCCCGGACGCGAGAGAGCUUCAGCGGGGGGUUCCUUCUCGGCGCCGAGUCCUUCUUCCUUGACCGAAGUCGCACUCGUGGCUUUGACAAUGUCUUCUUCACGGACAGGUUCUCGGUCGACAGCCCGCGGUCGGGGGAUUCGUGGAGCUUGAGCGGCGUCUUUGACCGUUCCAUCAUCGAGGUUUUCCUGGACCGAGGAAUCGAUAGCGCCACGACCAUCUUCUUUUCGAAGCAGCCUUUGACAGAACUGGUGCUUGCCACGUCGGACCUGCCCGAGGGAGCGCGCGUCAGUGUCCGCGUCAACGCUCUUCGAAGCGGAUGGGUCGAGGAGGAGAGCAUCAAUGAUGCCCUGGUCGAUGGUUAUCGGUCCCCGAAAGAUGCGGGAGCGCACGAGGUGCAGCAGAUGAUAGGCAUUCAAUGA